AGGCUAACCUCGACCGCACAGGCUCACAUCACACAAAAUCACCACUUUUGGGAGUCCACCAUGCUGCAUUUGGGGAAGGGAGAUUUUGUGUGGAUAGACACAGGCGUUGGGAUCCCCAUUGGAGCUGAAGUCAAAGUCACUGACACUGGACAACUUCAACUGAUCGACGAUGAGGGGAAGGAGCAUAAGAUCAAUAAGAAGAAGGAGGGUUUGAUCCGACCCAUGCACCCCACCUCCAUCAAGGGCGUGGAUGACAUGAUCAGACUGGGAGAUCUGAACGAGGCUGGCCUGCUCCGAAACCUGCUAGUGCGCCACAACGAGGGCAUCAUCUAUACAUACACUGGCUCUAUCCUGGUGGCAGUGAACCCGUACCAGCUGCUGCCCAUCUACACCACAGAGUAUGUGCACAUGUACACGGACCGCCGCCUCGGAGAACUGCCCCCUCACGUCUUUGCCAUCGCAGACAGCUGCUUUUUCAACAUGCGCAGGAACAAGAAGAGCCAGUGCUGCGUCAUCAGCGGUGAAUCUGGAGCAGGGAAAACUGAGAGCACUAAACUCAUGCUGCAGUUCUUAGCGGCUGUCAGCGGUCAGCACUCCUGGAUCGAGCAGCAAAUACUCGAGGCAAACCCCAUACUAGAGGCGUUUGGAAAUGCCAAAACUGUUCGUAAUGACAACUCCAGUCGGUUUGGGAAGUAUAUUGACAUUAACUUCACUCAGGGAGGAGCCAUCGAAGGAGCUCGCAUAGAUCAGUAUCUCCUCGAGAAGUCCAGAGUGUGUCAUCAGGCACCAGACGAGAGGAACUACCACAUUUUCUACUACAUGCUGAUGGGGAUGUCGGCCGACCAGAAGAAGACUCUGUCACUAGGGAGCGCCGCUGAGUACAACUAUCUCACAAUGGGAAAGUGCACCAGCUGCGAGGGCCGUGAUGACAUAAAGGAGUACGCACAUUUCCGCUCUGCCCUCAAGAUCCUCAUGUUCACGGAAAAUGACUCUUGGGAAGUGUCCAAAUUACUGGCUGCAAUCCUUCAUCUCGGCAAUGUCCGCUUUGAGGGCACCAUCGUGAAUAACCUGGAGGCCUGCGACAUUAAAAAAUCUGCACAUUUCAACAUGGUUGGAAAACUUUUAGAGGUGGAGCCCAAGUCUCUGGAGAAAGGUCUGACUGAGCGCUCAUUUAUGACCAACAGAGAAAGUGUGACCAGAGCUUUGACGUCUGCGCAGGCUGUGGACGGCAGGGACGCAUUUGUCAAGGCUAUCUAUGGGAGGUUAUUCAUUUGGAUAGUGGAUAAAAUUAAUGAAGUUAUUUACAAACCUGUGACUGAAGAUUCCGACAGGGCCCCACACUCCAUCGGCCUCCUUGACAUCUUUGGAUUUGAAAACUUUCAGACCAACAGUUUUGAGCAGCUCUGCAUCAACUACGCCAAUGAGCAGCUGCAGCAGUUCUUUGUGAGGCAUGUUUUCAAACUGGAGCAAGAUGAAUACGCACGGGAAAGUAUCGUCUGGGAACGCAUCGACUACAAGGACAAUCAGCAGACCCUAGACGUACUGGCCACCAAACCAAUGAACGUUCUGUCUUUGAUCGACGAGGAGAGCAGUUUCCCCAAGGGCACAGAUACAACCAUGCUCCAAAAGAUGAAACAAGUCCACGGAAAAGGAGGGGUUUUUCUUCCUCCAAAAAACAACUAUGAGACGCAGUUUGGAAUUGCACAUUUUGCUGGGGAGGUAUUCUACGACUCAAAAGGUUUUCUGGAGAAGAACCGAGACGCCCUGAGCUCUGAUCUGAUUCAGAUGGUGGAGACUUCAGCAAACAAACUCCUCAAACAGAUUUUUCAUAACGAACUGUCGACUACCAGCACCACCAAACCUAGCACCAACCCAAAGAUGAUCAUUAACGCCAGCAAGAGCAGCCUCAGGCAAAUGAAUGACGGGAAGAAGCGUGUUCCCACUCUGACCUUCCAGUUCCGACAGUCGCUGGACUCACUCAUGAAGACGCUCACCGUGUGUCAGCCGUACUUCAUCCGCUGCAUCAAACCCAAUGACUUCAAGAAGCCUAUGCUGUUUGACAGAGACCUGUGCAUGCGCCAGCUGAGAUACUCCGGGAUGAUGGAGACUAUCCGCAUCCGUAAAGCUGGUUAUCCCGUACGCUAUACUUUCAGUGAGUUUCUGGACAGAUACAGGGUCCUGCUCAAAUCCUCUGUCUGUGAUCCCAAAAAGGAGAGUAAGCAGAAAUGUUGUGAAAGCAUUUGUCAUACUGUGCUCACUGGAGAAGGUGACUGGAAAACUGGAAAAACCAAGAUUUUCCUCAAAGACUUCCAUGACACAAUGCUUGAACUGGAGCGGAUGAAUGCACUACACACAAAGGCUCUCUUGAUUCAGAAGGUUCUGCGAGGCUUCAAAUACAGGAAAGAAUUUUUGAGAAAAAGGGCAGCAGCUCUCGUCAUACAGAAAUACUGGAGAGGACACAAAGGGAGGAAACUCUACAGGGCUGUAAAACUGGGCUUUGCAAGGCUCCAGGCAAAGGUGCGAUCGCGUCAGCUGCAGUUUCAGUACAAGAAGAAGCGAGAGGCGACCAUCUUGAUUCAAGCUCAGAUCAGAGGGUAUUUGGCCCGGAAGGACUGGAGACGCAAGAGGAACGCUGUCAUUCUUCUUCAAGCCCACACCCGCGGAGCCCUGGCCCGGAAGGCUCUAAGGAAGAGGAAAACAGACAUGAUGAUGUCGGCUAAAGAGAGAGAGGCCGAACGACGGGCGAUCCUCCAGAAGCAGAAACAUUUGGAGGAGGUCCUGAGGCAGAAGCGUAAAGAGGAGGAGCAGGAGCAGACAGAAAAACUGACGGAGCAGGAGAUGGUCGACAGCAUCUUUGGCUUCAUCGAGAAUGUGGUCGGGGGGCAAGAGGGACAGGCACCGGCUGGGUUUGAGAAAUUUGAGCGUACCAGACUGAUUUCUGAGGAGAUCGAUAUAGACGACCAGCCGAUGGAGUACGAUCCCCUAGACGACUAUGAUGACCUGGAUGAAUACUCCUUCCCCAAAUUCGCCUCCAUGUACUUCCAGGGAGCAGCCACACACACGCACAUCCGGCAAAGGCUCCGGCAACCACUUCUGUACCAUGAGGACGAGGGAGAUAUGAUGGCUGCCCUUACUGUAUGGUGGAUAAUUCUCAGGUUCAUGGGGGAUCUGCCAGAACCAAAAAACCCAGUCCAAGUGGAUCAGAGGGGCCUAAGAAAAGAUGUAAGAAGUCAAAAUGGUGUUGAUGUUUUGAUCGGAGAAGGACCCACUCUGGACCGACCUUUGACCUCUCUGGAAAAACUGCACAUCAUUGUGAGAUAUGGCAUUAUCAGAAGUGACCUGAGGGAUGAAAUUUACUGUCAGAUCUGUAAACAGCUCCAAGACAAUAACAACAGAAAUAGUUAUUUCCGAGGGUGGAUCUUGCUCUCUCUAUGUCUGGGCAUUUUCCCUCCCAGUGAACAUUUUAAUAAAUACCUCCAAAGUUUCAUCCAGUUUGCCCCUGGUGGUUACUCAUCGUACUGCGCUGAGAGACUGAGGCGCACUGUCCUGAACGGAGUCCGCACAGAGCCCCCCGCCUGGUUAGAGCUACAGGCGACCAAGACAAAGAAGCCCAUCGUUGUGACUCUGAUGUUGCUGGAUGGUCGCUCCAUGACACUGUCAGUGGACUCAGCCUCCACCUCCAAAGAGAUCUGCCAAAUGGUUGCAAACAAAAUCAAACUCCAAGAUACAUUUGGCUUUUCUCUCUACGUGGCCUUGUAUGAAAAGGUGUUCGCUCUGGGCUGUGGUCGGGAGCACCUGAUGGAUGCGAUCUCUCAGUGUGAGCAGGAGGUAAAGCGCAGGGGCGGGCAGGAGCAGCACGCCCCCUGGAGGCUGGUCUUCCGAAAAGAGAUCUUCACUCCGUGGCACGACUGCAGCCAGGACGAUGUCAGCACCAGCCUCAUCUACAAACAGAUCAUACACGGACUCAAGUUUGGGGAGUACCAGACGGCCAAGCAAGAUGACCUCGUUGACCUUGCUGCCAAACACGUGUACAUCCAACAUGGCUCAAACAGCAGCCCAAGCGACGUGAAGGAGGCUGUUCAGGAGUGCAUCAAUAGCACUUUGCUGGAGGCCAAGUCCGAGGCCAAGUGGAUACAGAUGGUCAGCACGGCACAUUCACAGGGUCCAUUCACGCGUCAAAAGCUGAGCGCUGAGGAGGUGAAAGCCCAGACGGUGGACUAUGCCAGAAACAUGUGGCCGAUGCUUUUCUCCAGGUUCUUUGAGGUGGCGAAGCUCUCAGGCCCUACUUUGCCCAAGAACAAGUUUAUAGUAGCUGUGAACUGGACGGGCAUCACUUUCCUGGACGAGAGAGAGAGAAGGCUGCUCAACCUCACCUACCCAGAAGUCACCGGAGUCAAUGUCAUCAAGGAGGGUAAAGCCACAGGUCAGAAAGUGAGUUUGGUGACCCUAAGAGGAGACUUCACGCUGAGUGGAUCCAGGGCAGACGGCAUGGCAGAGCUGGUCACCAUGUUCCUCAGUGGUUUAACAGAGAGAUCGCAGUACGCAGUGGCUCUGAAGGACGGGGACAGGGCAGAUGACCCCACGUUACUUCGCUUCAAAAAAGGAGAGCUGAUUAUCAUAGUAAAAGACAAUGAAUUUUCACAACAGCGUGGUUGGAUCAAGGGGCAGAAUGCAAACUCAGGAAAGACGGGAGCUGUGCCUUUAGACGCAAUUCUGAUUUUACCCACACUCACCAAACCAACCAAUGAAGUCAUGAGCCUCCUGAAUCUGCCUCCAAACCAAAGGAAGAACAUUCCCAUUGAGACUGGGACAGUGGAGAGAGUGGCUCCGGCUACACUCCGAGAAUACUCCCUCCAGUAUUUUAGACAGCCAACUAAAGACGUGAACCGACAGGUGAUCUCCAGAAACGCUGCUCCUGAGCGUCUGUGGGUGAACUCCCGAGAGCCCAUCAGACAACCUCUGCUCCUCAAGCUCAUCGGAAACUCCGACCUCAGCCACAAAGCCUGCCUCGCCUUCACUGCUAUUUUGAAGUACAUGGGGGACUACCCGACCAAACAGACCCAGAGUCCCCUGGAUCUCACAGACCAGAUCUUUGGACCUGCCACCCAGUAUGAGCCGCUCCGGGACGAAAUCUACUGCCAAAUCAUGAAACAGAUGACCAACAACAACAACAGGUUCAGUUUGGAGCAGGGCUGGCAGCUGCUGUGGCUCUGCUGUGGGCUGUUCCCUCCUGGUCAGUCCCUCCUCAAACAUGCGCAGAAGUUUUUGGAAACGCGACAAAGAGAAACACUGGCCUCUGACUGUCUGCAGCGCAUGCAAAACUCACUCAGGAUGGAGCCGAGGAAGCUGCCCCCUCAUCAGGUCGAGGUCGAUGCUAUUCAGCAGAACAGUCUCCAGAUCUUCCACAAAAUACAAUUCCCCAAUGACACAGAUGAGCUUUUUGAAGUGAACACCAACACCAAGAUCAAGGACCUGAUCCAAAACAUCGCCAAAAAACUCAAAUUAGCUUCAGCUGAUGGAUUCAGCCUCUUUGUCAAGACACAUGACAAGGUCCUGAGUUUGAAUGAGACAGACUAUUUCUUCGACAGUCUAAGACAGAUCACAGACUGGUCCAAAAAAGCCAAGAGGAUCAAAGAUGCGGCUGGACCCUUGAACAUUUCCUACCUUGUCUUCUUCAUGAGGAAGCUCUGGUUUAAUGUAGUCCCGGGACGAAACCUCGAGGCGGACCUUAUCUUCCAUUUCCCUCAGGAGCUGCCAAAGUACCUGAGAGGUUAUCACGUUUGCACUAGAGAGGAAAUGGUGUCUAUCGCAGCUCUGCUUUUCAGAAUAAAAAUCAACAAUGACAAGAACCAGUUAGUGACGCUCCCCAAGAUUUUGAAGGAGCUGGUGCCUGCGGAUCAACUCAAGGCCAUGUCUGAGAAUGAAUGGAAAAAGACUAUAGUUGCUGCCUUUAACAAACAAGGAUCCAUGUCGGUGGACGAUGCCAAAGUUGCGUUUCUGAAGACGGUUCACCGCUGGCCUACGUUUGGCUGUGCGUUCUUUGAAGUCAAGCAAACAUCUGAACCAAACUUUCCUGAUAUUGUGCGAAUAGCCAUCAGUAAACAGGGUCUAACAAUCAUCCACCCCAAAACAAAGGAGGUUCUUGCUAAUCACCCGUUCAACCGGAUUGCGAACUGGUGCAGUGGAAGCACAUAUUUCCACAUGACUGUCGGAAACUUGGUCAAAGGCAGCAAAUUCCUCUGUGAAACCUCACUGGGUUACAAAAUGGAUGACCUCAUAACAUCCUAUGUGAACAUGUAUCUGAAAGACAGAAGAGCUGUGCAGCCCAGGAACCCACGCCUCAACUUCUGAGCAACCAUCAGUCAUCAGACAAAUACUUCACUUUAUUUUCAUCUGAAUGUUUAAUGGAUACGAGCUAUAAAGUUAUAUCCUUAGUAUUAUAUUACACAACGCAGAAGAAAGGUUUUGAUUCAGAAAACAACAGAACUCAAAUGUCUAAUACUUUAAAUAAAUACUCUAGAACCAUUGUAAUUCACUCUCAACUCAAGUAUUCUUGAUUGUAAUUUCCAGUACACUGAGUAUGAUCAUUGUAUAAGAUUUUAUUGCUUAAACAUGCUCAAGUUUCCUGCUCUCAAUUCGCCUGUUAUCUUUUCAUUCUGUGCCUACUUUCAGAACCAUCGCUACAACGUACAGCGUGUCCAUAAAGUCUCUUUACAAUAAAAAAAAAUACUACAAAGUCAAUUGAUAGGAUACCUUAGUCAGACUUCUAUUGUACUCAGUGGUUUCCAGUGUAUUUUUAGCUCCUUUAAUCCACCUCUAUAUGGGCUCCAUUAGUCGCACAAAGCACAUAAGACUGUAGCAGAGACUUAUCAAUGAUUGCAAUCGCAUCUUUUGACUUUAUGGACAUCCUGUAUUUCCACAGUAGAUUUAACGUUGUGUGAGGAGGAAACCCGUCUCAGAUCCGCUGUAUUUGUGCUUACAGUACCACACCACACUGAAGGAUCGCUGAGUGAGGUUUACUGCUGGUGUUUGACUGUUAUUGACCCUGUUUGUCUCCAGUCAAUAGUCUUCCUCUCUCUUUUACUGCUUAAUUAGGGUUUAACCACAAUGCUCACCAAAAGGGAAGUACUUAACAUUCAAAAGUACUGUGUGGUAAAAUAUAGGAUUAAAAAUGUCAGAGUACAAAACAAUAACAGUUAACAGCAGUGUAGCGUCGUGGUGGAGUCUGUAAUCUUGCACUCCAGAGAAGCUAAAUGAUUUGUGGUGAUUCACAGAUGAUCUAUUCAAAAAGCAGCAAUAAAGUAACGUAACAUGUAAU